AUGGGGGCCGAGAAUGUGGUUGCGGACCAUCUUUCCCGACUAGAGAAUGUGCAAGCUAGUGAUGAUGAAAUCCCUAUAUGUGAUGAAUUGAGAGAUGAUAUGCUUUACAUCUUGAAUGAAAAGGAGCUUCCUUGGUUCGCCGACUUGGUAAACUACUUGGCUUGUGGAGAAUGCCCACCCGAUUUCUCCAAGAAUCAAAGGAAGAAGCUAAAAAGGGAAGCAAGACAUUAUGUAUGGGAUGAUCCCAUUCUCUACAAACGAGGAGUAGACGGUUUGCUCCGUAGGUGUGUCCCGGAUGAACAAGUGCAAGGAGUGCUCAAGAUGUGCCAUUCCGAUCCAUGUGGAGGGCAUAUGGGAGCCAACAAAACUGCAUUGAAAAUCUUGCAUAGCGGUUUGUGGUGGCCUCACAUCUUCAAGGACGCUUGGGGAUUUGUGAAGACUUGUGACCGGUGUCAACGAACCGGCAACAUAUCCAAACGCAAUGAGAUGCCCCAACAACCGAUUCUUGAGCUUGAGAUGCUAAGAAAGCACGGGGUCCACCAAAGAUUUGGCCUUACCUAUCAUCCACAAACAAGUGGACAAGCGGAAGUGUUUAACCGUCAAAUAAAGUUAAUCCUCGAGAAGACGGUUGCUAAGAACAGGAAGGAUUGGUCAGAAAAGCUUGAUGACGCUCUAUGGGCAUAUAGAACGGCGUACAAGACCCUAAUAGGCACAACUCCAUAUCGUCUAGUGUAUGGAAAAUCUUGUCAUCUACCGGUGGAGCUUGAGCACCGGACCCAAUGGGCGAUCAAGAAGAUUAAUUUCGACUUGGCUAGCGCGGGAGAGCAAAGAUGGCUUGAUUUGCAUGAGCUUGAAGAGCUAAGGUUGGAAGCCUAUGAGUGUGCUAGCAACUAUAAGAAUCGCACUAAGGAUUGCCACGACCGGAACAUUGAAAAGAAAGCAUUUCUAAAAGGCGAUAAGGUACUCCUCUACAAUUCUAGGAUGAAAUUGUUUCCCGGGAAACUUUUAUCAAGGUGGAGUGGACCUUUUGUUGUCAAGGAAGUGUUUCCUCAUGGAGCCGUGGAAGUUUGGGAUAUGGACGGCAAGAGAUCUUUCAAGGUGAAUGGGCAUCGCCUCAAGCUUUACUACGAGGGUGCUCAUGUGGGUGUUUUAGAAUCAACUCAAUGUAAUCUUACCUCCUGA